GCAAGCCACUCACCUCAACACGGUCGCUCGCCACCAUGAGCUCGUCAGAAGGAGAGAACUUCGACAUCGACAACGUCUCUGGAUCCGAAUCGGACGGCUAUGCCCCUGCUAUCAAGAAGACGGCCAAGGCACCUGCGAAGAAGGCAACCAAGGCGGCUGCAGCUAAACCAGCAGCCAAGAAGGCCGCGCCAAAGAAGAAAGUACUUGUAGACAAAGACGAUAACGCCGACGACAGUAUAAUGGUUAGUGACAGGGACUCUGCAGACGGGUCGUCACCAGCGAGGCCUGUGGCUGCACCACUGCGAAAGCAGAAGACUGCCUCGGAGACUUACACGAAGUUGACGCAACUGGAGCACAUCCUGAAGCGUCCGGAUUCGUACAUUGGAAGCGUCGAGAGUAUCUCGCAGGCUAUGUGGACUUGGGACUCCGAGAACAAGCGGCUGGUACAUCGGGAGGUCAAGUAUGUCCCUGGGUUCUUCAAGAUUGUGGACGAAAUCCUUGUCAAUGCGGCGGACAACAAGAUCAACGACGCUACUAUGGACACGAUUAAAGUGAAUAUCGACGUCGAGGAGGGAACCAUUAGUGUCCAUAACAAUGGGAAGGGCAUUCCUAUUGAGAUGCACUCGAAGGAGAAGAUGUACAUUCCCGAGCUUAUUUUCGGUCACCUCCUUUCCUCGUCGAACUAUGAUGAUGACGAGAAGAAGCUUACCGGUGGUCGUAACGGUUUCGGUGCCAAGCUGGCGAACAUCUACUCGCACGAGUUCACUAUCGACACUGCGGACAAGAAAACGGGCCAAAAGUACAAGCAAACCUGGACGGACAACAUGAGCAAGGUUGGCAAGGCGAAGAUCACGAAGAACUCGCGAAACGAGGAGUACACCAAGGUCUCUUUCAAGCCCGACCUUGCAAGGUUCGGCAUGGACUCUAUCGACGACGAUGCCCUUUCUCUCUUGAAACGGCGUGUCUACGACAUGGCGGGAACGGUGAAGGACGUCAAGGUGUUCCUCAACGACGAGCGUCUGAAGGUCAAGAACUUCAAGCAGUACUGCGACAUGUACCUGGAGUCUGCUACUACAGAUGCUGCAGAAAACUCGGGUGGCGCGGCGCAGGUGAAGCCCACGAUACUGUACGAGAAGAUCAACGACCGCUGGGAGGUCGCGUUCGCCGUCUCGGAGGGCAGCUUCCAGCAGGUGUCGUUUGCAAACUCUAUUGCGACGAUCAAGGGCGGCACGCACGUUAACCUCAUCGCGGACCAGCUCGCCAAGGCGCUCAUUACGGAUAUCACGAAGAAGAAUAAGGCGGCGUCGGUCAAGCCUGCGCAGAUUAAGAAUCACAUGUGGAUAUUUGUGAACUCGUUGAUUGAGAACCCGACGUUCGACAGUCAGACGAAGGAGACGCUGACGCUGCCGUCUUCCAAGUUUGGCUCGAGGCCACAUCUGUCGGAGGAGUUUAUGAAGAAGGUCUCUAAGUCUGCCAUCGUCGAGCAUGUGCUGAACUGGGCCAAGUUCAAGGCAGACCAGCAGAUUAAGAAGACGGAUGGUACCAAGCGUAAUAGGCUGACUGGUCUUACCAAGUUGGCCGAUGCCAACAACGCCGGUACGAGGAAGGCGGACGAAUGCACACUCAUCCUCACGGAAGGUGACUCCGCCAAGGCUUUGGCCGUCGCUGGGUUGGGUGUCGUCGGCCGCGACAACUUUGGCGUGUUCCCCCUUCGCGGAAAGCUUCUGAACGUACGCGAAGCCAAGCACGACCAGAUCAUGAAGAACGAAGAAAUCCAGAACAUCAAGAAGAUUAUGGGUUUGCAGCACAACAAGGAGUAUUCGAACAUCACCAGUCUUAGGUAUGGCAAAUUGAUGAUUAUGGCGGAUCAGGAUCAUGACGGCUCUCAUAUCAAGGGACUUUUAAUCAACUUUUUGGACCAUUUCUACCCUUCGCUCCUCAAGAUUCCGAACUUCCUGGUCGAGUUCGUGACUCCUAUUGUUCGGGUGUCCAAAGGGAAACAGCGGAAGGACUUCUUCACCAUCCCAGAGUAUGAGCAAUGGUUGGAAGACACGCCAGAUGCUCACAAGUGGGACUCAAAGUACUUCAAGGGUCUUGGUACUUCGAGUGACGCAGAUGCCAGAUACUACUUCGGCAACAUGAGGAAGCACAUGAUUCCCUUCGCCGCAACUCAGGAUGGUGACAGGGAGCUCAUUGACCUCGCCUUCAGCAAGAAAAAGGCCGAUGACCGAAAGGAGUGGCUUAGGCAGUUCAGGCCUGGGACGUACUUGGACCACAACAUAGACGAGAUCCCCUACUCGGACUUCAUUAACAGGGAACUUAUCCUGUUCUCCAUGGCGGAUAACGUCCGUUCGAUCCCUUCAAUCGCUGAUGGGCUCAAGCCUGGUCAGCGAAAGGUCAUCUGGGGUUGCUUCAAGCGUAAGCUGAAGAAGGAAAUCAAGGUCGCCCAACUUGUCGGUUACAUCUCCGAGGUGGCGGCAUACCACCACGGCGAGCAGAGCUUGAUGGCGACGAUCGUCAACCUGGCGCAGGACUACGUGGGCAGCAACAACGUGAACCUGCUCAUGCCCAACGGUCAGUUCGGUACGCGCGACCAGGGGGGCAAGGACCAUGCGUCGGCGCGUUAUAUUUUCACGGAGCUGUCGCCGCUCACGCGCUCGCUGUUCAAUCCCGCGGACGACCCGCUGUUGACGUACCUGAAGGAGGACAACGACUGGAUCGAGCCUGAGUUUUAUAUGCCGACGAUUCCGCUGGUGUUGGUUAAUGGUGCGGAUGGUAUUGGGACUGGCUGGAGUACUACUAUUCCGUGCUUCAACCCCGAAGACAUCGUCGCUAACCUCCGGCGCUUGAUGGUGGGUGAGGAGAUGGUGCCGAUGGCGCCGUGGUGGCGCGGGUUCAAGGGCGAGAUCAAGAAGACGGGCGAGAACAAGUACGAGGUGACGGGCAUCGCGCGCAAGGUAGACGACACGACGAUCGAGAUCACCGAGCUGCCGGUGUGGGAGUGGACGCAGAGCUUCAAGGCGAAGCUCGAGGCGAUGAUCGGCGACAAGGGCGAGGGCGACGUGAAGGACUACAAGGAGCACCACGAUAAUGUGAACGUGCACUUUGUGGUGACGAUGUCGGCGAAGGGCAUGGCCAAGGCGGAGGCGCAGGGCUUGGUGGAGUUCUUUAAGCUGAGCAAGCCGAUGAGCACGACGAACAUGAUUUGCUUCAAUUUUGAGGGCAAGAUUGCGAAGUAUAGGGCACCGGAGGAGAUUGUCGAGGAGUUUUACCCGAAGCGGUUGGCGUACUACCAGAAGCGCAAGGACCACCUCGCGAGCGAGCUGCAGAACCAGUUCGAGAAGCUGUCGAACCAGGCGCGGUUCGUGCAGAUGAUCGUGGACAAGGAGCUGUCGGUGUCGAAUAGGCGCAAGGAGGAGAUCAUCGCGGACCUGCGCAAGCACAACUUCCGGCCGUUCCCAAAGGUCGUCAAGGCAAAGGCGGCGGGCGAGUUCGAGGACGUGGUCGAGCAGCCGGACGAGGACGACGAGGUGGAUAGGGCGGGGCAUGUCACGUCGACGGACUAUGAUUAUUUGCUGGGGAUGGCGAUUUAUAGUUUGACGAAGGAGCGGAUUCAGAAGCUGCUGCAGCAGGCAGGGGAGAAGGAGAAGGAGCUGCUUGCGCUGCUCGAGCGCACGCCGAUUGGGAUAUGGAACGAGGACCUCGACGGGUUCCUCAAGGCGUGGGAGAAUUCCUGCGAGGACUUUAGGAACAAGUCACUCCUCGACGCCAAUGGCAAGCCUAUCAAACGCAAGCAGACCAAGCUUCAGCACCGCAAGUCCGUCGGCGGGCGCAAGGGCUCGGAGGGCUCGGAGGACGAGUUCAAGCCUACGAAAGCAGGGGCUAAGAAGAAGGCUGCGGAUUCCAAGCCAAAGUCUAAGCCCGUAGCCAGCUCGUCGAAAUUGGAGAGCGACGAUGACAAGCCUGUGGUCAAGAAAGCCCCUGCAGCGAGAAAAGCGCCGAAGAAAGAAGAGUCUGACAACGAUAUUUCGCUUGUCGCUGCACCGAAGCGGCAUAUGCAGGUGAACUCGGACUCGGACGAUGAUGCUGAGGUGGUUCCCGCCCCGAAGCGCGCUGCUGCGAAGAAGCCCGUUACGAAGGUUGAUUCGGGCGACGAGGAUGUUUCCAUGGUGGUUGCUGCGCCGAAGCGGGCCGCUGCGAGGAAGCCUGCUAUAAAGAUUGACUCGGAUGAUGACGACGACGUGUCGAUGGCACCACCACCACCUAAGAAGAAGCCGGUGACGGUCGAUUCGGACUCGGAGAUGGAGGCGCCGCCGUCCAAGGGGAAAGGCAAGGCGAAGGUGGAUUCAUCGUCUAAACGGAAGAGUCCUGAUAGCGGCUCGGAGGGCAGCAAGCCUGCAAAGAAGAAACAGGCAUCUGUGACGGACUUCUUCGGCAAAGGUGCCACACCAUUGGAGGCGGCGGCGAAAAAGGCUGCUGCAAGAAAAGCAUCCGGUAGUGCUCCAGCUAGUAAGCCCGCGCCGAAACCGAAAGCUGCACCCGCGAAAAAGAAGAAGGUUGUCGAGAGUGAUGACGACGAGCUGGGUGGGUCAACUUCGCCGGUGCGUACGCCACCAAAACGGGCUGCGCGGGGAAAGACGAAGACGUACAUCGAGAUUGAGUCAGAGUCAGAGAACGAGGACGCGUCGAUGUUUGUGGACGAUGAUGACUAGACUAGCUGUUUGCUAAUUAACGAUCUCUGUGCCUGCUGUCGUGUGUUUUCCUCCGCAUGAUUGUUCCAAUGUCGUGUACUAUUAUCCGUGUUGAUAAAUUAUUGUUCGGAAGCAU